UGUUGGCAAACAAGUUUUCCAAUAUGGCGGGCCACGUUGGUGGGAGUGAAGGGGGAAGUAAUAGCAUGGAUAAAAGCAUUACUCUCCCACCGGACGAAAUCUUUCGGAAUUUAGAAAAUGCAAAGAGAUUCGCUAUUGACAUAGGUGGUUCAUUGACAAAGCUCGCUUAUUAUUCUACGGUGCAGCACAAAGUGGCCAAAGUGAGGUCAUUUGAUCAUUCAGUCAAGGAAGCAGAGGGGGAUCCUCUGUAUGAAAUUUCUGUACAAGAAGAGAUCACCGCUCGACUCCACUUCAUCAAGUUUGAGAAUGCGUACAUCGAAACCUGCCUGGACUUCAUUAAAGACCACCUGGUUAACACGGAAACCAAAGUCAUCAAAGCCACAGGUGGAGGAGCGUACAAGUUCAAGGAUCUGAUCGAGAAGAAGCUCAAACUCAAAGUUGACAAAGAGGAUGAAAUGACAUGCCUGAUCAAAGGCUGUAACUUUGUCCUGAAGAACAUCCCCCAUGAGGCCUUUGUUUACGCCAAACAUGCGGACCCAGAGUUCCGCUUUCAGAACACACACCCCGACAUCUUCCCUUACCUGCUUAUCAACAUCGGCUCAGGGGUGUCCAUCGUUAAGGUGGAAUCGGAAGACAAAUUUGAGCGCAUAGGAGGAAGUUCCAUUGGUGGGGGGACUUUCUGGGGACUUGGGGCCUUGCUCACCAAAACAAAGAGGUUUGACGAGCUGCUUCAGCUGGCAUCCAAAGGGCAGCACUCCAAUGUGGACAUGCUGGUCAAGGAUAUCUAUGGGGGGGCCUACGAGUCCUUGGGCUUAACUGGUGACCUCAUCGCCAGCAGCUUUGGGAAAUCAGCCACUACAGACAAACAGUUCUCCAAAGAAGACAUGGCCAAGAGCCUGCUGCACAUGAUCAGCAAUGACAUCGGCCAGCUGGCCUGCCUGUACGCGCGGCUGCACAACCUCAGCAGGGUCUACUUCGGGGGCUUUUUCAUUCGCGGCCACCCUGUCACCAUGCACACCAUCACCUACAGCAUCAACUUCUUCACCAAGGGGGAGGUCCAGGCGCUCUUCCUCAGACAUGAGGGGUAUCUGGGAACCAUUGGAGCUUUCCUCAAAGGAGCAGAGGAGGAUAGUGAGUGUUCAGUGACAAACAGUGACCCUAACCAGUACAGCUGGGGAGAGAACUAUGCUGGGAGUUCCGGACUCAUGAGUGUGUCUCCAGACAUCAACCCCAUGCAGCGUGCCCGCAGUGGAACCUUCACUUUUGACAUGUUGGAGAUGGACCGGCUGGACAGGCAGCUGGUCAACCUGCCACUGCUGCAGGACCCGUCGUCCUACAUCCCUGACACUAUGGAUCUCACCGAGGACUCCCACGCCAGGGAGUACUGGCUCUACUGCUUCGAGGAGGCAUUGGAUGGGGUGGUGAAGCGUGCUGUGGCGAGCCGGCCAGACCUCCCGGAGGCGACAGAGCAAGCCGAGAAGUUCCGGCAGAAAUACCGGCACAAGCUGCAGACGCUUCGCCAACAGCCUUUUGCUUAUGGAUCCCUCACCGUCCGAAGUCUGCUAGACACACGGGAGCACUGCUUAAAUGAGUUCAACUUUCCUGACCCCUACUCAAAGAUAAAGCAGCAGGAGAACGACAUGGCGCUGAAGUACUACCAGAAGGUGGUGCGGGCCCUGGAGGACCUAAGCUGGGAGCAGAGGCAGUUUGCCUUGGUCCGCGGCCUGCUGGCGGGCAACGUGUUCGACUGGGGAGCCAAAGCCGUCUCUGACGUUCUAGAGACAGACCCAGGGUUUGGCUUUGAACAGGCAAAGCAGCAGUUGCAAGAAAGACCAUGGCUUGUGGAUGCCUAUAACCAGUGGAUUGAGAGGUUGAAGGGCGAGCCUCAUAAAUGUGCAUUGUUUUUCGUAGAUAAUAGUGGGAUAGACAUCAUAUUGGGAGUUUUCCCAUUUGUUAGAGAACUCCUCCUCCGUGGCACACAGGUUGUGCUCGCCAGUAAUUCUGGUCCAGCUCUGAAUGACGUGACUAACAACGAGCUGCAGAUUUUGACGGAGCGAAUCGCUGGCAUGGAUCCUGUUAUCCAGUCUGCUGUCAAGGACGACAGGCUGACUCUGGUUCAAAGUGGUUCCAGCUCCCCUUGCCUCGACUUGAGUCGGCUAGAUAAAGUCCUGGCCACGGUGGUGCGAGAGCGGCGGACGGACCUGGUCAUCAUCGAGGGCAUGGGCCGUGCCAUCCACACCAAUUACUACGCGGCACUGAGCUGUGAGAGCCUCAAGCUGGCCGUAAUCAAGAACUCCUGGCUGGCGGAGCGCCUGGGCGGCAAGAUCUUCAGUGUGGUCUUCAAGUACGAGGUGCCGCCCCAGAUGCAGGUGCAGCACUAGCCAGGGCCAAGUCCAUAGCUGCACCACAGGCCACUGAAAAAGCUCCAUCACUGGAGGGCUGGAGGAGAGAUGGAGACUCCAGUGUUGUGGAGGCUGAAGUCAGGCAGUGUGUAUCAGUGUUUGUUAUUGUGUGGAGGAAA